UAUAUGAUUCCACUUGUCAAUCACCUUCUCCAACUAACAACAACUAUCUCCUCCUUCAAACAUUCUACUAAACUCACAAAAACACUUUUUCUUAAUUACAAAUCCGAUCUCAGAACAAUGGAAGCUACAUUCAUCUCUUCGUCGGCUUCAGUUUCUCCACUCCGGUUCCAUCCACUGGUGUUUUCCCCUAAGAAAACGACGAUGAUGAAGAAGAAGAUGAUGAGCGUUUCUGCAGCUGCUUCUUCAGGAAAAGACCAUUACUACGGAGGAGGGAGACUGGUGGACGAGAACAUGAUCGUUCUGAGGAAACGCAUCCACGAGAUGAAGAUGGCUGAGAGAAACUACGAACCUCCUUCUCACUGGAUGGAUUGGGAGAAGCGUUUCUACAGCAGCUACGACUCUGUCAUCUGCGAUUCCGUUGGUCUUCUCCAGAGUUUCCUUAUGAACUCUCGCCCCACCGUUGCAUUCGCAACGAUUCUUCUCCUCGUCGUUAGUGUUCCGGUUUCCUCCUCUGUUUUAGCCUUUCGCCUUCUUGACCUCCUCCAAUGGGUUCUCGCCGCCGCAACAUCCGGUCACGUGGGCUGACCUGCUCGGCCAUUUCAUUAUUUCCUUAUAUUUGCCCACGACUUUUUCUAUAUAUUGGCUAUGUAUACUGUAUAUACACACAUUCUCUUUUUUUUUUUUUUAUAUACACACAUUCUUUUGAUUAUUUAUCUGAUAUUUUACUUUAGCUUUAAGAUAUAUGUUCACAAUCGCGUUAUUAAUUCAUUCUUUUGUGUAAGUUUCUUUAUCUUUAUAUUUAAAAGUAGCAAAAAGGAUAAUAUGUUAUGAUUACACAAACAUUUACUACGUUUUUUUUACUAAGAAACAUUUACUACGUUAAUGGAGUUUAACUUUUGUUUUUGUUUGUCCAUGUUACAAUCAUUUUGUUGAUCUGAUUUGUUUCCCCUUUUAGAAGUGGACAGUGAAUAGAGCGGCGUCUUUGGUUUGGCUCAUCCCAACACUUUUUUACGUUUAUUUUAUUAAUUUACAUAAAUUAUCUUUUGUUAAAUUCGUAUAUUUUAAAAUAUUUAUUAUAUACAACAAUUGAUUUCACAGUAUAUAUAUUUAUUAAGUUUUGUAAAAUACAAAUUUUAUGUCAUUAUUAUUUAAUUAUAUAACGUAUAUAAUAUGUGUCACAAACUCAUUUUAGAUGUAAUAUGAUUAAAUCUUUAAAAGAUUUUGAAGUGUAAAAAAGUUAAAUAUAGAUUCAUUAUAAAAAGGCAAACAAUACAAUAACAAAAAUAAUAUAAUAUAAUAUUUUAUUUAUAUUUAUAUGAAUUAUAUAUAUCUUGAUUAUUAAUUUAUGUUUAUAAUAUGAUUAUACAUUUAACAAAUUUUUAUUAAAAAAUAUUAUCUUAUCAUUUUAUUGAAUUGAGUUAUGUUGUUAUUAUUCCAAUUCAUAACUAAUAAAUUUAUUAAUUUAUCAUAUUUAUUAAUAUAUCGACUAUAAAUUUAUAUUCCAUCUAUUUCAUAUAUAUUAAAAUUAUUUAAAACUUUUUAUCCUUUAUUCAUAUACAAAAUGGAGGAGGUUAGUGUUACGGACAAUGGGAGUUACAUAAUGGAUAUGUGUUUGGAGAAAGAUUGGGAGAUUUGAGAGUGGUGAAUGGAGCGAUUCUGAGGUUACCUGGAGUCGUGGAGCAUGGUAUGUUUCUUAUGGCUUCUGCUGUUAUCAUUGCAAGCGAGCUUGGUGUUAAGAUCAAGAACAAACACACUUGUUGUAGAUGUUUUGGGUUUUAGGAAAGGAGAAAGAUAGGAUUAUGUUUUGUAAUGGAAAAAGAGGAAACUGAUCUAGAUAAUAGAUAGUUUUGGAAUGAUUGUCAUAUGAAGUCACCCUCUGCGGAGAUUUGACUCUUCUUUUGCAGAGUUUUGGAUGCUUGAUCAUCAUCUUAGUUCUUAAUAUGUAAAUUUCAUUCUUGCUUCA